AUGCUGGGAACAAACAAAUUGGCGCUGUGGGUGUGUACGGGUGCGUUCGCUGUCACCACGGUUUUCUUCAAUACUUGCAUCUUCUUAAUGAAUCUGAUGAAAUACAAGAAGGAGAAGAAGUGGAGUCCCAGUGAAACCAUCAUCAUGGCUCUGACCGCGGCCAGCGUGCUUCACCAGCUGCUCUGUUACUUCUGGAUGACCAUGGACGAGGUGGACGUGGAGUGUCGCGUCGCGCAGACGACCUACGCGGUCCUCCUGGUCAUGACCUUGAGCCUCAAGUUCACCAUCAUGUGGGACACGGGCUUCCUCACCUUCUACUACAGCGUGAAGCUGGUGACCACACCCAACGCCUGCUACACGCAGAUCCAGACCAUCAUCCUCAAACAUGUGACCAUGGUGGCGUUUCUCAUCCCCCUGUGUGGCCUGAGCACCUGCAUGCCGAUGCUCGCGGUGUUCCACGUCGACAACCAGACGAGUGGGAACGUAGACUGCGGCGUCUUGGUGCCGGACACGAUCGCGGGCAAUAUCUACGAAAUCAUCUACCUGCUCUUGGCUGACGUUCUCCCGGGCGUGCUCAUGGCCAAAUGCUGCAUCUCCAUCUCGGUCAACCUGGCGUUGCACCUCCGCCACAUGAAGGCCAGCACCAACGGCGCUCACCGCCCAAAGCUGGGCUCUCAGAUGAGAGUCAUCCAGAUGGCUUUGUCCAUCGUGUUCAUCUACGCCGUCUUCUUCGCGGUGGACAUAUACGUGAACUACCAGAUCGUCGUGAACCACGAGAACGCCAUCAACCUCACGUUCCUCUUCACGUCCAUAUACACGACCGGCACGGCCGUGGUGCUCAUCUACGGGAAGAGGACUCAGUGGAAGCUGCUGCUGCACGAUUUCAACGUCUUCGUGGACGAAUAUCCGUGUUUGGCUUGUUUGAAGGUGGCGGAGCAAAAGACCAAACCCAGCACUCCUGUGAAAAUAAAAAGCUAAACGGUGAAAAGCAGGAAUCAAUGCUUAUAUUGCUGUUUAUGUAUAAUUAUACGUAUUAUUUUCUUACAUCAAUAAUUCAAAAACCUACCUACAUUUUGGCAUUUGUUUGUCGCCGCCUCUGUUUUCCGUCUUUGUGAACAGAAGCGAGUGCUGAUCAUUUGUCCGCCGCGUCUCUCAUGUGAAACAAACGUCUCUG